CCCGCUCUUGGUUUCCCGGGGUCGCAGUUGCUCAGUGCUCAGGAUCUCACGGAGGGGCGGGAAGCGCUUUGUUCCCGGUUUUGUUCUCCUGCCUCCUGUGAUCGUGAGUCCACUAGGGCCUACGCGGGCUGACGGCGCCCCGAAGCACCCGGGUCUCCGCCCAGCCUGUUGCACUGGCAGAGAGCGCGGGAGCUCCUGCGCCCAGCGCAGCCCUAGUCCUGCCUGGGAAGGCGCGGAGCUGAGGCAGUCAGCUGGGAGCCAGACCCGCUGGGAGAAGAGACUGGCGGGAGGCGGGAGCAGCUGGGGAGCCCACAAAGGGAAAGCGAAAGCCGCGCGCCAGGCCGGUGACGGGGUGAAGGCGCCGCGCAGCCCUCCAGACGCCAGUGGGUAUCCGCUCUCGUGGGCCUUCCUAGCCCAGCUCGGCUCGCCGCAGCAAUGGCCAUUGCCCACCUGGCCACGGAGUACGUGUUCUCAGAUUUCUUGUUGAAGGAGCCCACCGAGGCCAAGUUCAAGGGGCUGCGGCUGGAGCUGGCCGUGGACAAGAUGGUCACGUGCAUCGCCGUGGGGCUGCCGCUGCUGCUCAUCUCGCUGGCCUUCGCGCAGGAAAUCUCAAUAGGUACCCAGAUAAGCUGCUUCUCCCCGAGUUCUUUCUCCUGGCGCCAGGCUGCCUUUGUGGAUUCUUAUUGCUGGGCUGCUGUGCAGCAGAAGGGCUCCCUGCAGAGCGAGUCUGGAAACCUACCACUGUGGCUGCAUAAGUUUUUCCCCUACAUCCUGUUACUAUUUGCCAUCCUCCUGUACCUGCCAUCCCUAUUCUGGCGUUUAGCAGCUGCUCCUCAUAUUUGCUCAGACUUGAAGUUUAUCAUGGAAGAACUUGACAAAGUUUAUAACCGCGCAAUCAAGGCUGCAAAGAGUGCCUGCGACCUUGACCUGAGAGACAGUGCCUCCGCGGUUCCAGGUGUUAAUGAGAGUGCAGCACAAAGUUUAUGGGAGAUAUCUGAAAGCCACUUCAAGUACCCAAUUGUACAGCAAUACUUGAAGACAAAGAAAAACUCCAAUAAUUUAAUCACCCAGUACAUCAGCUGCCGGCUGGUAACACUCACCAUCAUAUUGCUAGCAUGUAUCUACCUGGGUUAUUACUUUAGCCUGUCCUCACUCUCAGAUGAAUUUGUCUGCAGCAUCAAAUCAGGGAUCCUGAAAAAUGACAGCACUGUCCCUGAUCAGUUCCAGUGCAAACUCAUUGCUGUUGGCAUCUUCCAGUUGCUCAGUUUCAUUAACCUCGUGGUAUACGUUCUGCUGACCCCCGUGGUUAUCUACACACUGUUUGUUCCAUGCCGCCAGAAGACGGAUGUUCUCAAAGUCUAUGAAAUCCUGCCUACUUUCGAUGUUCUGCAUCUCAAGUCUGAAGGGUACAAUGACUUGAGCCUCUACAACCUUUUCUUGGAAGAGAAUAUAAGUGAACUCAAGUCAUACAAGUGUCUUAAGGUACUGGAGAAUAUUAAAAGCAGUGGUCAGGGGAUUGAUCCAUUGCUGCUCCUGACUAACCUUGGCAUGAUCAAAAUGGAUAUACUUGAUGGCAAAACUCCCAUGCAGGCAGUGGCCAAGAGAGAGGAGAAGGAGAACCGAAUGGCAGAGCUCAAAGAUUUGGACUUACACAGUGAAACUAAAACAAAUAAUGACAAGAAUGCUCGACAGAGACUUCUGAAUUCGUCUUGUUGACAGUUUUGUUCUUGAACUUCAUACCUCUGACUUCCGUGACACCGGAGUCUUUUUGACUAAAGCACUCAAUUGGAUUCACAGUUGGUUUGCAGUAAAUAGUUUUGGUAGUGAUAGUGAGCAUGUCUUAUUGAGCCCCCAGUGAACAUAAUGGUCUACAAAAUUCUAUGGAGGGAUGGUUUAUUAACUCCCUGCAAGAAACACAUGGAGAUAAGUAAAAUGUAGCAAGUAUAUAUGUAGAAGUCCAUGUCGUUGAGAAGUGGAAGGACCCAAAAGAGCAGUGAAGAGCCUUUUAGGGCCUCAUAGAAGCAUCUUACUGGGUCCACAUGUGCUGUGAUCCAGAGUUUGCAGAGAGCAAGUACUUCAGGAGAUUUUUUUGGUUUUUGUGAAAUAAUAAACAUUUUAGGAUAUAAUUUAGUGUGAAUCUUUCAUGUGCCCUUACUGGUUAUUGGAUAGUAAGGCUCUUUGGAGUCAGAGGUUGGCCUGCACUCGGCAGGGUCUUAAUGGGGUGCCAGUCUGGUGCCUCAGCUCUCAUCCACUCGAGCUCUCCUUACUCUCUUGGCACGUUGGCUAAUUGCAGUCCACUAACCACUAUUUGUUGCACUCUGCCCUGAAGGGCAGCAGGCCUGAGCACUGAUUCAAAACUUAGUUAACAAGCUAUAAUCUAAAGGAUAUUCAGUUUAUACUAUUGCUACUUCAGUGCAAGAUCGAGUUUCAAAAGAGUCCUGUGAGAAAUCAAAAUCUGAAUUUACAAAAGUUAAUUCAGUCACUUUCGGAGAGAUUGUCUACAGGGUGCUAUCAUGGCAAGUGAAAUAAGACUUUGCUUAAACUCAUUAACAGAACACAAUAAUGUUUAUAGCAAGGAACACUUUGCCUAAAAUGAACUGAGCACAUAAGUGACAUUUGCCUUAUGCUUGGAGCCAGAACAGCUUAGCAUAUUGUUUAUAUUUAAGUACAGCUUUUAAAAUGUAUUUUAAUUUAUACAGUGUCAGAAUUAAGGUCAUUUGGGAAGAACAUUCUAGUAUCGAUGGAGAAUUAUCAAAUAAUGCUAUAAAUGGAUGGAUAAGAUAAACAUGAGCAUUAUUUCACAGUCCUUUAAGCUAAUGAGAACAUGUUAAAAACUUUCAGACUGGCUUAACUAUGUCCUUAUGUUCAAAUUUUAUACAAAAAAUUCUUAACUAAUCUGUGAACUAUCACAUUUUAAUUCUAAAAAAGUUCACAUAUUGCUUAAGUGAACAAUUCUCAGGAACUUCAAAGUUUACUCUUGAUCCUUAGGGAGAAUUGUUUACCUAAGUUUUGUGUAUGUGUGUGAAGAACAGAAGUUAUAUACGCUGUACUCUGCCUUUCGGAAUAUACAGAAAAGCAGGUUUUAUUUUUAUUUUGUAACAGUUUCUGAGGUGGAAAGCUAAUGAUAAAUAGCCAAGAUGUAAUCAGCUUUAAAUUAUUCUUGUUUACAUGAUUUUUAUUACUGAAGUAUUGUGUGACUUAAAAAAUGGUGUGGUAACUUGAAUUGAUUUCAUUACAUUUUUAUAUCAUUGUAUAUGAGAUGUUCUGUCACAACUUU